GCCUAAUAUGUUAUGUUAUAACAUUGCAUAACCUCAAAAAUAUAAAGAACUUAUUGGAAAUAUUUGUUACAAUAAUGCCAGAAGAAUCAACUACCAACGAAGAUAAUAAUGAAGUUCCGAAAUUGCAAUAUGAAUGGAUGAUUAGACCCUGCAAUGUUUAUGAUGAAGAAUAUGGGGAUUGCAGAUCCAUCCGAGGCAGGUUGCAUCAGAGAUUUGUCCAUGGCUCAAGUGUGGAUUGCUCACAGUGGAAAAGGGAUUAUGAUAACUGUGUUAAAUGGGAGGAGAAGAAAGAUCUUAAAGCUGCUAAUGAAUUGAUUAAGAGUGAAAUCAAUCGAAGAAAAGAGAGGCUGCAGGCGCACAUUGAAAACGAUGUUUGGGGAAAGAGGAAAGAACCACCGUCUGAUUGGAAUAGGCCUUUGCCGGAGGAGAUGGUUAAGCAAUACGAAAACACGUAUCUUCAUAUAAAGAAUCAGGAGAUGAAAGGUGAAAUUCCGCCGACCAUCGAUAGUAAAUGUUCGAUAAUGUAACUUUGAUGAUCAUACCUCAUAAUUGAAUAGUCCGACGAUAAUUCAUGUUAUGGUUAUGAAUGAAACUGUGAAAGUCCACUACCUCCUGGGAAGUUGCGUACGGGUGAAUUGUAAAUUGAUAUAGAUCGAUGUAGGUGAUGUUAUGUAAUAUGUUUUAAAAGAAAAUAAACGAGCAAGUAUAUCGUUUACGUGAGUAAUUAAUAUCU